AUGGCAUUCUCCGCCUUUGACAUCACACCCGAAAAGGAUGCGGGCGAGUCCCGCGAAAAGAAAUGGCCCUGGUAUGGUGCACCCAUCUAUGCGGCCAUUUGCUUUGCCCUCUUCUAUGUGUCCGUGCUGCCCAGCUUCUACUCGUACCCCGACAUGCUGUACCAGCGGGAUGAGGCACAGCACCCGGAUGAGUUCAUUGGCGAGCGAUCAAUGAAGCAGCUGGCAGAGUACGCGGCGAUCGGCAACAAAAUGAGCGGCUCCAUCGCCAAUGAGGUGCACACGGUGAACUUUUUGCUGCGAGAGUUGCAAAAGAUUGUGGACGAGUCGCGCUCGGACCUGUACGACAUUGAGGUGGAGAAGCAGUACUCCUCGGGCUCCUUGUUCCUCUUCGGCAGUGCCAUGAGCUACUCGAAUGUGUCCAAUGUCGUCGUCAAGAUCAGCCAAAAGAGUCAGCAGAAUGACAACUAUUUGCUGGUCAACUCACACUACGACUCGGAGGUGGGCACACCGGCGGUGAGCGAUGAUGGCGUCAUGGUGGUCAUUAUGCUGGAGGCUCUGCGUGUCAUCUCGCGCUCCGAGAAGCCGCUGGCCCACCCAGUUGUGUUUCUGUUCAAUGGCGCCGAGGAGGCCUGCAUGCUGGGCUCACACGGAUUUAUCACACAACACAGAUGGGCGAAGAACUGCAAAGCCCUCGUCAACCUGGACUCUGCUGGCGCUGGUGGUCGCGAAAUUCUCUUCCAAACGGGCCCGAAUCAUCCUUGGCUGGCCAAAUACUAUCACCAGAGUGCGGCCCAUCCCUUUGCCAACUCCAUGGCCGAGGAGCUGUUCCAGAACAAUUUUAUCCCCUCCGACACGGACUUUCGCAUCUUUCGGGACUAUGGCUCGGUGCCCGGUCUGGACAUGGCACAUGCCCUCAAUGGCUACGUUUACCACACGAAGUAUGACAACUUCAAGAACAUUGAGCGGGGCACGUACCAGUCAACGGGUGAGAAUGUCCUGCCGCUGGUCUGGGCGCUGGCCAAUGCCCCCGAGCUGGAUGACACUGCCGCCCAUGAGGAGGGUCACACGGUGUUCUAUGACUUUGUGGGUUGGUUCAUGCUCACCUACACGGAGUCCGUGAGCAUUGCCAUCAACGUGACGGUGUGUGUGCUGUCCCUGCUGUGCAUUGGCAUCUCUCUGUAUCUCAUGUCCGUGGACGAUGGCGCGGAUGCGCUGAAGGCCAUCUUCGUGCGCUUUGGCAUCAUCUUCCUGGUGCAACUGGGCACGGUGCUGGCUGCCUGUGGACUCACCAUACUCGUGGCUGUCUUCAUGCAGGCCGUGGGUUUGUCCGAGUCCUGGUACUACGGUCAUUGGAUGAUCUUUGGGCUGUACUUCUGCACGCUCUUCUUUGUGCUGGGCCUGCUGCCGGCCAUCUACAUUGGCUGGACGAAGCGGCGGACCAACAUGAAGCUGGAUCAGACCAUCUCCUGCUUCAUGCACGCCCACUGCAUUGUGAUGAUUGUGUUGUGCAUCAUCAUGACCAGCAUGGCCAUACGUUCGGGCUACUUCCCAAUGAUUGGCGUCUUCUUUUAUACGAUCUCCGUGGUGGUGCAGAUAACGCUGAAGCUGUCGCUGAAGAAGAGCUACUUCGUCACGAGCCAUUUGAUCUGCCAGGUGCUGCCCUUCAUCUACUACACGUACAUGUGCUACGCCAUUCUGAUUGUGUUUGUGCCCAUGCAGGGACGCGAUGGCCCCGACAGCAGUCCCGACGUGCUCGUCUCUGUGUUCAUUAUUUAUAUGACCAUGCACUUUGCGGGCUUUCUGAUUCCCAUUAUGCACAAGUUCCGCAAGCCCAAGACUAUUUUCUCCAUCUUUGGUGCCUUGACAAUCAUAUUCAUUAUCAUAGCAACGACCUCCGCGGGCUUUCCUUUCGUCAAGGAGCUGGCAGCACAGCGUUACUAUGUGCUGCACACCUCGCGCACCUUCCACAAUGCGGACAACACUGUCAAACAGGACUCUGGCUUCUAUAUACAACCCGUGGACACAAGACUGGGCGAGCUGGAUGAUUCGACAUUCAAGAACAGAGAACCCUCCAGUUGGACGGAGGCCACGUGCGCCGCGGAGCCUUUUUGUGGUUUGCCCAUCUACAGCGGUCGCUGGAUUGAUUGGAAAGACUCCGCUCGAUGGAUCUACAGCACAGCGCCACAGCUGCCCAUGAACAUCGAGCUAACGCAAGUUUCCAAGGCAUCUGUGGCAGCGAACAAAAUCCGCUACGAGUUCAGUUUGCGUGCCAGCGAUCGCGUCAUGAUCUACGUUGAUCCGUUGGCUCAGGUCAAAGUCUCCGACUGGUCCUUUGACAAGACACCGCUGGACGAGGCGCACACGCCGCCCUAUCUGAUGUAUCACAUCUACUCCCUCACCGAUGAGCCCUUUGACUUUUGGGUGGAGCUCGAGCACGAGGAGAGCAAUACGCAGGGGCCGUACUUCAAGCUGGUCGUGUCCGAGCACUUCCUCUACCACAAGGAGCACUACACCGAGGACUUCCGCACAUUCCUCGACACUUUUCCCGACUGGACGUACACCACGGACUGGUUCUCCUCGCUGGAGAGUUGGGUGCUGUAGUGGACUUAGGCUUGCGACGAUUUGUUAACUUAAUAAAUAAUUUAUGAUGUAUUUU